AUGUCUACGUCCGUUGCUCCCGACAAGAUCUACGAGGAUGUGCUAUUGGACCUCGCUCGUUACAAGAACUCAAAAACCUCUCGUGAUGGUGAUUUAGCAUCGAAGGAGUUGUACAAACUUCCCCAUGACACAACCAUGAGACUCCAUUUUGACCCACCACAACCAGCAAACAAGUUUCCCUCAGACAACCAACCACUUCUAGCAAAGAUUAACAAGGACGAACGCUUGCUAAGUGAUAUCGAUUUCAAGCUUCUACAGACGAAAUUGAGUCUUGAUGCCUGGGAUGAAGCAGAAAAGCACAAAAUCAAUGAAAUUAAAACUCGUGAUAGACCACUAUAUUACCAGCCUCGUGCUACGGGAGUCAAGAACUUCCAUAACGAAAUCAAGGACUAUUUGCCGCCCAACGUCAAUCUUUCCCGGUUGUCUUCCAAAUACUCGUAUUCCGGAUUCAAUAAUCAUUACACGACGGCGCCACGCCAUGACGUGAAGGAGAUUAUCGCGAGUCUUCGAGAUGACUUGGAAGAAGAAGAAGAUGAUGAAAUUGGCAAGCGUCAAGAGUAUGAGAACCCCACUGGUCAAUGGGAGAGCCCCGUUGUCAAACAGGCUCUUUCUAGACAAGUUGACUUGGAAUACUAUACCAAGAUGUUGCUUCGCAACAUUCUAUAUUUCCUAGUGCUAGUGUCAUUGGAAUCACUCGUUGAAAAGCUCAUAAAGAUAUACGAUGUGAAAUUCAAGAGUCAGCUGGUCUAUAUCCAGAUGAUUAAAGAAAACCAGCAGAUUUAUCGCUUGUUGAAUGGACCAAGUUUGUUGCUACUACUCGGGAGGCUCGUGGUGGUGCCGUCUAUAAUAUGUAUCAUCCUUGCCGCUUCCAAACUAAUCAAAGGACAGGAUCAAUGUUGGGACUUGCCGUUGAACUCGAGGCAAAGGCAAUUGAUUGGGUUGAGAGUCAACCCCUCUUCGCUGGAUUUGAACGAGCUGGGCGAUGACGCGGAGUUGAUCUUGAAACAACGAGCUUACGACGCGGAAAAGGUCAAUCCGUACAGAACCAUUCCGAAAUACAAGAAAUUGAAUGAGUAUUCCAUGUUCAAUGUGAACCCGGAGCCGGAAAACAAAGAAAAAAAUCCCUGUGUUGUGCUGGCGUUGUACCCAGCGAGAAAAAGUCAGCUCGGCAAUGCAAAAGCCGCGUCAUCACUCAAUCCAGCUCAUCAAUCUGGUGCAGAUGGAGCUUUGGCGGGCCAAAACAAGUAUUCGGCCAAGGCAGUAGAGAAAGCACAAGUUGAGUUUGCAAAAAACUACAAUUUGAAAUUUUAA